UCCCAACCCAGCCUGUCUUCCUCGCUUUCUCUCCUAGAUACGCACAACCCAUGAUGAUGAAUUAGGAGCUCCGUCCUUCAAAUCGCCAAAAUCUCAUGGAGAUUCACUUUCUCACACCAAAAAUUCUUCCUCCCGGCGCAGAUGUUUGUUUAAGCGCCUUUCUACUUUUCUUUUCCGGUUUCGGGUUUCUAGACCCCUAAUUUUGCUCAUUCAAGUGAUGGAUGAGAAUUAUUUGAUGGAUGUGGAUUUUUCGGAUCUUGAUUUGAACCAAGAGCCUUCAAACCCACCUCUGCAUAGGGUUGAGAGGUAUGGGUCGAUGUUGAAUGAAUUAGGGACUGCUCAUGAUAGGAUAGAGGAGAGGAUCCGGCAGCUGGAGGUUGUUACUGCUCGUACAAGGCAGCGCCAGCGCUGGCGACAGGCUAGGAAUUCUAUGGAGCUUAAUUAUUUUCCUAUUGAGAGGACGGUAGAUGCAGGUCAGAGAGGGAGCCUUAAUGAAAAUAGUAGUACGACUACGAGUGCGUUCAAGAGUAGUUCUGAGAGGGGGAAGGGUUGUAAAAGGGAUAGUUCGCAUUUGGUGGCGAAGGCGUUGGAGAUGGGGUCUGAGGUUAAGAAGGCGGAUAAGGAGGGUGGAAGCUUUUACGAUUGUAAUAUAUGCUUGGAGUUUGCGAGGGAGCCUGUCUUGACUACUUGUGGUCACUUGUUUUGUUGGGCGUGCUUUUAUCAGGUGUCGGAUGUUGAUUCUACUUCUAAGGAGUGUCCGGUUUGUAAGGGGGAGGUCUCAGAGGGUACUGUGAUUCCCAUUUAUGGUAAUGGGGAGAGUGAGCGUGUGUGUGAGACAGAAUCGGGCUUGAAGAUACCUCCAAGGCCGAAGGCUCAUAGAGUUGAAAGCAUCAGACAAAAGCGAAUGACUCAAGGGCUGUCCCAUGUUCCUGUUGCGGAAGCACUUAGGCGAAUCAGGAUUAGUAUUGGUGCAGUGGGCAAUCAGACACAACAAGAAGCUGGCCAUGGUAUCCUCAAUAUUGACUCGGAUACUCAGGCUGGACAAAAUGCUGAGUCAGCAGGGGGCCAUCGCUCGAGGAUCCAUCAGGUUUCAAGAGUAUUAUCCGAGAGUGCUGCUUCUCUUUCUUCCCUCUCAUCUGCUUUGAGUAAUGCAGAAAGACUGGUGGAAGACCUGGAAGCAGUUAUUAACAACAGGCUAUUGCGAAACGAAGCACGGUCUUUGUCGGUUGAUGUUGGGAAUCUUUUUACUAGGCCAUCGACUACCAUACAACCUGAUCAUCAGCCUCUAGUUUCAACUGUGAAUACCAGUGUUGUCUUGCCCAUUCCAUCUUCUUCCCAAUCAACUGAUGCUGCUAGUUCUGUUGCUCACAAUGUUCCGAGGCCAAUGGGUUCUAGUGAUGUGAGUCUGCCUUCGGCUCCUUCGUCAUCCACUUUCCGAAGGAGAAGCUUAACGUCGAGGACUUUAGAUUCAGAUAGCCAUGAUCCCCGUGAGUUGAGAAGAAGAAGAUUGAAUUAGCUGCAUCAGGAAUAACAUGGGUUGGUAAGGGAGAUUCGAGAAAUGGCGCUACUCUAAAGGAUCCUGGAUAUCAGGUAAUUCUACUAGGUCGAAGUUGGGAACACCUUAUUUGAUAUCGGACAUGGACGACGAUAGAGUAGUAAAUUGUAAUGUAAUGGAGGCCAUUGUUGGUCAUGUUAAGAAACUGGGAAAAAUUCUUCAAAUCAUUGAUUGCAAUCAAAUGGAGUGUAUUAGACCA